AUGAAGGCAUUUGACUCUGUUGGCUGGGAGUUCCUACUUAAUUCCCUUAUCCUAUUUGGGUUUCCAUCUUUGUUCUUGGGUUGGAUAAAAGCUUGCAUCACCUCCCCAGCUUUCACCAUUUCUGUUAAUGGAGAAUUUCAGGGCAUUUUCCUGGGGUGCAGGAACUUAGCCAUCUCACAUCUCAUAUUUGCUGAUGAUCUACUACUUUUCUCUCAUGGUGAUCUUGGUUCUAUAAGCACACUCAAGAAUGCCAUUGAUAAUUUUGCGGCACUGUCUGGACUCUCCAUCAACCACAGCAAAAGUAAUUUCUUUAUUGCAGGGAUUAACAAUAUCCAAGUAGAGAGCAUCAAGAAUCUACUAGGGUUUGAAUGUGGGAUAUUACCUUUUAAAUAUCUUGGAGUCCCUCUGGUUUCUUCUUCCUUAAAAUCUGCUGAUUGUCGUGGACUGGUAGAGAAAGUGACUAGGAGAAUUAAUCACUGGUCUUCCAAAUUUCUCUCCUAUGCGGGCCGUCUCCAAUUGAUCCAAUCAGUUCUCUACAGCAUAUUCACUGGAGCCAAGAACAACUGGCCUGCUGUUUGCCAACCCAAGAGUUGUGGAGGUUUGGGGUUCAAGAAUCUGGAAAUUGCUAACAGGGCAGCAUGCCUUAAGCACAUUUGGACAAUCAUCUCUACAGAUAGGAAGAAUCUAUGA